AUGGAGCCGCAGACGGUUCAGGAGCUCGAGCUCUCCUACGGUGCUCGGGAGUUAAUCCACAAGACAGCGGAAUUUGUCCGUAAGCACGCGGGUACGGAUGUGGAGCAGCGGCUGCUGGCCCGCGAACCGAGCAAGUUUGCGUUUUUACAAGAGCAGCACCCCUGGCACAACGAAUACCUCCGCGCCCUACUGGGCGAGGCUGCUGACGUUGUGACACCGCCCCAAGCAGACGCUUGUGCUGCGAAAGCGACUGGAAAUGGCGAUGUCAUCACUACAGUCACAUCGGACGCAAUCUCGUUUGAGCAAUACCUUCCGUACAAAGAUUUUUUCCCGGCGUUGCGAUCAGCAAACCUGGUGCUCGCUCUGGGCGGUACUCUUGAGGAGUGGCGAACGCGUCGACGCGAGCUGCUGUGUGCCCCUACAGCGUCAGAGCUGCAAGUGAUGCGGCUGGUUGCGUCACACAUGGCCCUGCGAGUGUUUUGCUCGGCCUUGCCGCCGCAACAGCGCGAGACCGAGGCUCCGGCGUCUGCGAGCCCUAUCGCUGACGACUUGCGAUGCUGCAGCGAUAUCUGUUCGGGGGAGAAGCGUGGACUCAGCUCGGAACUACAGCGGGAGCUUCUCAGUUUGCUGGAGAAACAACCACGUUUGCUCGCGUUCCUACUGCCCCAACAUGUUUAUCAUCCAAUAUUCCACCGGUUCCUCGAAGCGAGCGCAGAUCUGCUGCACACGGCAGUCAAUGGCGCUGCAUUUGAAUCGAUGCUUGGAAAGCUUGAAUCUUUCAAGGACGACGAAUGGGCUGUGUUCGCUGCGGCACGACAAUGGGUACCACGUGACCGGUAUGCAGCGCCAGAUUCUGGUGAGCAACUCACGUUUCAUGAGCGUGUAUCACGGGCUUUCGCACUUGGAGCAGUGAGGCGGCCUAGAAAGCUAGGAACCCUAGCGAUAAGUGAGCGUAUUCCCGAGCUUCAGCGCUUGUCGCAAGGCGUACCGCCGGUUGCAGCCAGGACGUCAUACCCGAAAUCGAUACCAGCGCCAGGGAAGCGAAAGCCCAAUAUGGCCUCUGGACCUGCUGCUACUGGACAGCCGCCGUUCAAACGGAGCAUGGUGACGCCACGAACAUCGACAACGAGCCGCGUGGAUGCUCGCGCAUCCGCUACGUCGGUUCCCCAGCGACCACACCAUAGAGCGGAGACACAGGCCAUUUCUGAUCCCCGUGCCGCACCGUUGAGGCCGGAGCACCCGCGGACUCAGCAAACUCGUGGGUGGCAAAACCAGUCGCCACGCGAAAUGCAACGAGGUGGUAGUGCACAGCGGCGCCCGAUGAACCCGUCGCCACCGUUUAACGGUCAUCACACACGAUAG